ACAACUGUUGUUGGCAGCGCAUCGUUCGUACCGCGUUUAUAAGUGGCGGCCACCGGGCGUGUGCGUUUUUCGGUUAAAUUAUAACGUUGUAAAAAUUCAAAUAAAAAAUAGUUAAAAAAUUGCAUUGUGCACGUACGACUAUAGAAGGUUAUUUGGAAUGGAAAAAAAUGUUUAAGUAUGGAAAAAAGUGAAUGUUGAAGAAUUACUUUACACGAAAUAAAAAACAGCAUGUAACCGAAUCAUAUGCACGGAGCUGCCUAAAUCGUUCAGAUCCACUCUAAUGGCGUACCUGCGCACACUUAACCUGACGCAGGAUGAGUUCCAGUACCUGCUGAACAUAACGUCGUUCACCGCUGAACACAACAUAACGUCGUUCACAGCCGGGCAUAACGUAACGCUGUUUCAGGCGGACAAGCCCGAGACGGGCUGCUAUUGCGGCGAACAGGUCAAGAAGUACGCGGUGCAGUUCCGCGUGCUCCACGGCUACGUCAGCCUGUUCCUGUGCGUGUUUGGCGCGCUGGCCAAUUUGCUCAACAUAGCCGUGCUCACCCGCAAAGACCUGGUGGGCUCGCCAAUCAACCGCAUACUGUGCGGCCUGGCCGUGGCCGACCUGGCCCUGAUGGUCGAGUACAUGCCGUUCACGUGCUACAUGUACUUGUCGACGUCCAAGAAAGAAGAAUUUUCCCACCUGGGCGCGGUGUACGUGCUGCUCCACACGUACGUGUCGCAAGUACUGCACACCACCUCGAUAGCGCUGACGCUCAUACUGGCCAUGUGGAGAUACAUCGUCGUCAAAUUGCCAAACUCAAUGCGCAGUAUAUGUUCGGACGAGCGGUGCGGUACAGCCAUCAAACUAUCGUACUUGCUGCCGUUUCUGGUGUGCAGCCCAACGUUCCUGGUGUUUGAAAUCUUGGAGACUAAAGUCGAAGAAAACGGCCAAACGACCACGUUGUAUCACCUGGGAAUCAGCUCACUGGCCAAAGUCAACCAAGAACUAUUGUACAUGGUCCAUCUAUGGACGUACGCCGUGAUCAUUAAAUUACUGCCUUGUUGUAUACUCACGGCCGUUACUAUAUCUCUGAUAACCGCACUGAGCGAGGCUUCCGAGCGGAAGGCCAAAAGACUUCCGACCCAACAGCAGAUGGCUCGCUUGAGGAACAUGAAGCUCAAGCGGAGAAUGGACAGGACCAGUCGGAUCAUGAUCGCCGUGCUGCUGCUGUUCCUGGCCACCGAGUUUCCGCAGGGCAUCCUCGGUCUGCUCAGCGGCAUACUGGGCAAACGGUUUUUCCAAACUUGUUACCACCUGUUCGGCGAACUCAUGGACAUGCUGGCUCUGUUGAACGCGUCGUUGAACUUUGUGUUCUAUUGUUGCAUGAGCAAACAGUUCCGAGUGGGGUUCGGACAGUUGUUCAAAGCACAAUCGAGCUCGAUCUGUAAGCCCAGCAAUAUACUGGAGACUUUCGUAUAGGCCGGACAGCAUGGCCUACGGGUACGGCGAGAAUAAAUUACACGCAUAAGUAUAGACAUAAGUACGCGCGGGGGUCGUUAGAGUAUUAAUUUUACCGCCUCGGCACAUUGAAAGUCGAUUAGGGGAUAUUUAUUGCGUCUUCCACGGCACAAUGCUGGCAACGAACGAGACGGUCGUUACGACCGUUUGUAUCCACUCGGCACGUUCGCUCGCGCACAGCUCAGCCGAAUAAUAAGCUAUUUACCAUUCUUAUUACGGCCAUUGUGGCCCGCGCCCGUUAUUUGUGUAUCCACCAGCCUUUGUGUUGUAUUUGCCACGUACCUUUUUUUGUUAUUUUGUUAAGACUAAGGUAAAACUUGUGUUUCGAUGCGAAACUGAGAAGGUAAUGUUUUUACAAUAUUAUGUGCUUUGUGUGUGUGUUAUCCUUAACCGCAAAACCGACUUGUUCAUGUAGCAAUCUUAUAAAUCAGAAAUCGUACCUGAAAGGAUCAACAAAUAAAACAGUUCAUCACUUCUUUGCAAAAUCCAGAAAGACACCCCAAAAACUGUACAGAUAUUUCAACUUAAAAUCACUACCUAUAACUUUAUUGAAAAUAAAUAAAUGUGUAAGGAAUACAUCUAAAAUGUAGUACUAUUGAUAUACCAUAACAAACUAAUAAAAUAUCAAAAACCCAAAUGGGGUGGAAUCUUUUUUCCGUUAUUCACUUUUUCGAGCAUAGUUUCAGGACUGAAUAUCAUCUGAGAAUACAUAUAAAAUAUGUAGUACGAUUUUUUUUUUAUAUAAAUAAAAACACAAAAAAGGAGAAAAACUACACAUUACCGUAUUCAAUUUGCAAGUUACUAGAUGUAAAUGUAUCAACAGGUAUCCGAAAAUGAUUUUAAAAUAUAUACUUUUUUUUUUACAAAUAUUAAUAAUUGUUUGUAUUUAUAUUAACAUAUUAUAACAUGUUUUUUCUUACCAACAAUUUUAAUUUUUAUUUUAUAUUAUAUUUUGGUAAAAUAGUGGCCCUAAUUUGAAACUGGGCCCUAUACUUGGUCUUAUAUAAUUGUCUCGAGUUUUAUCGAUAUUAGUACCGUCUACAGAUUCGCACCGAAGCGUUUCUUUUAGUGGUUUCUUCACACUUAGUUGUCAGCUAUUCCUUCGUUCUUGUGACUACUCCGACCUCACUAUGCUCCGUCACCUCUGUGUUGGCUUUUUUAAAUCAAUUUCUCAUCAUUAUAUAAUUUCUAUUUAUUUAAAUACCAAGUACACAAUACACACGCUAUUGGUUUUAUACACUCUUAUUUAGUGGCGCAAAAAACAACUUUAAACUACCAACCCCCCCCCCCACAACUUUCAACUCUUCUCUAGUGUGUAACCACUGGGUAAGUAUUUAAAUCAAAUAUACAACAACAGGGUUAAAAAAAAAAAUGUUGGACGCCUCAUAUACUUGCAAAUCGCUAUUAUUACACGCAUUACUUUAAUAUAAUAAAACGAAGGAGCGCUCGCUUGUUGUAUACGCGCGUUUUACAUUAUAUUAUACUGAUUUUUCUUGUAUAUUAUUAUUAUGAUCAUCGUCAUUAUGUUCUUUGUUGGACUAAAUUUAAGUUUAUAAUGAGCUCACAUUUGUCAUGGUUGUGUACCGAUAAAACCUAAUAACAUUAUAACAUAGCAUAUUAAUAUUAUGUGAUAAAUACUACUCAAACGUCGUUUAUAAUAUUCAGGAAAGUAGUUUAUACAAUAGAGUCGUAUG